CACACCUCAAGCUCUAAAGUCAGGCCUAACGUUUCACCUUUGUCAACACCGUCUGAGCGCCCUCCUGCAGCCAUUGGCUCAACCUUAUCAAAGGCUUUAAAUCCCAUUGGCUCAUCCUCGGUCGCUCCUUUUUUAAUCUUGGUUUGAACAUACUUUGAAGGAGGAAGAAGAAGGUAGUGGUCCGAGAAUUUGAUUUGUGAGUCUUCCCCAGAAAUGACUAACGGGGCUGUUAAUGGCUACCAGUGUCACGUGUGGAGAGAGACAGUCGAUCCAGACACACUGCACCUGCACCUCAAGACAGUCAGACAUAUUCCCACCCAAACAAACGACACCUGGGCUUUUACCUGAUCCUUGACUCAUUCCCAGAGCAGGUAACCUGAGCCCAAAAAGGAGCUACGUGGAAACCACCACUUAAACAAGACCUUGUGGACAGAGAAUCUACAGGGGUUGACGGCCAGUUCUCGUGCCCGCUGGGAAGAGCCUCAGGAUGCUGGCUAAAAUCCUGGAGGAGAUGUGGGUGGAGCCGCAGGUGCUGGAGGCCCUGAGUGAAGAACAGAAGAGGAUCCUCUUCCUCAAGAUGAGAGAGGAGCAGGUACGCCGCUGGAGGGAAAGGGAAGAGCGGGAAGGAAAGGACAUCGUCGUCAGCAGGCCAAAGAAAGCCUCCAGCAAGCGCGUGAGCUGGCUGCUCGGCCGCGAUGGAGACGUAAGCGUCAUUGUGAUUGGAGAGGUCGAUGAGUUCAGGUCCUCCAAACUUCUCCAGAGCCUUAUCAACAACAGACUCCAUCGUGAUAAUAUGAAUGGCAUCCAGACAGCAGACGUGCAGGCAGGAAAAGAAGCCCAGCCGCUUGGAUUUAAAGCAGAAAUCCAGCCUCCCUGCACUGACAGAACCGCUAACAGCCCUGGCUCACCAAACAGCCAAUCAUCCGAGGACGAGACGGACUCCUGCAGCGCCGAUGACGACCUGAAGGACCCUGGUGAGGGCAGUGACAGUGAAUCGGGCAGCCGCUCGGACAACCUCGGCGACUGGGCUCCUCUCUACAGGCCCCAUCUUAGUAGCCAUGGCAACAAAGCAGCACUCAAAGCCCAGCUGUCAGACACAGACAGGGUCAGCACACAGGCCAGAGACAUUUUAAUUCAAGAGAAGAAGUCGGAAUAUGGAGGCAGAGUAGCCCAGCUCAGAAAAGCCUUCGCAUCUGAUCGUCACGGCCUCAACAAACCUCCUUUACCUGCCAAACCUGCUCAUCUACUGACCAGAGACACGCCAUUGAUCCAUUAGGACAUCACCACACAGGCCUGUUGUGACACCAAAGAAAUAAUGCACUGAAUUGUGUCACACGUUCCACGUAGAGAAUGGCUCCUAUACUCGUUGAUGUUGGUGGUGGUCCAGGCUCAUGAGGAUCCUCACUCGAGCCCAAAAGGUGAACUGAACAUGGACAAAACGUGCAAAAAGAGACUGACAGUCAUUAUCUUCAAGGACACAUAACUGCAUUUUAAUGUUUAAUGCAUUUAAAUUAUAUAUUUUUUUAAAUUGAACUGGAUGCGUUCAAAGUAGGGAUGCUCCGAUUCAUCGACCACCGAUCAAUAUUGGCCGAUUUCCGUAAACAAACAUGUGACUGGCAUAUGCCGAUAAAUACCUUUCAAUGCCGAUCACAACAAACGAUCGCGUGCUGCAGCAAACCCUACAUCUCUGCUGUGUCACAUGCCAACACCCGUAUUGAGCCGACAAGGGAUGAACUUUGUCCCUUCUUGCCGCGAGAAUCAAAACUAGCCUGUAAAACAAUGGCUUCAGUUUGACAGCUUGACACAGGCUAUGCCAAUCGAUGCCAGUGUGUUUGAUCACUCCCUUAUCAUACCUAUUGCCGUUUGACUUUUCUUGCAUCUCUUUUUACUUGCUUUGCCUAGCUGUCACUGGCAGGCAGCUAGCUAGCUAGCUAGCUAUCUAGCUAGAGUUAUCCGCCUAGCUCCUGGUCUUCGGACUCCAAAUGUGACUUUUUAACCACAGUGACAUUUUCUUUUUAAAACAAACAAGUCCCACCGAAAAGCUAAAAGUGGACAUCACGUUCAUGAGGUACGUACUAACUUUUUCAAGUGUCACUGAGCACUUUUGUUCUCAUGUUGUCAUUAUGCUAAUUAUGUCUUGUCCUCAAAACACCAUUUGUGUGUCGUUGUUUAAUAAACAUAAACACAAAGUCCAGCCUUAUGAUGGCGAUACUAUGACGGGGGUCUCCGAUCUCACCAGCUGAUUUUGAGUUGCUCACCAAAGUGUCAAAGGAUAUUUGCUUCAACUCUGAGUCGUUCAGACUUGAUGCCUUUUAUAUAAUGACAAAUGACCACAAAAUAGCAUAAAGACAAUGGCAACACUGUUUGAGUGGAGAUCUGCUUGGUAAAUAAAGUAGUGUAACAUUUAAAUGUUGCCAGUUGUAAAUGAAACACAAAUAGUUGACAACUCUAAUAGUGAUGAAAGUUGGAGAUCUCUGCACCCUGGACACUGAAUUUAUUUAGUUUUAAGUUCAGAUAUGUGUCCAAUAGUACAAAAAUUGUUUCACACAAAUAAGGGAAAAAAAAAACAUUCGGCCAAAAUUGUGUUUUCUAAUAAUUACCUGUUUGCCAGGGGCUCUUGGAAUCGUUUCACGGCGGCCCUGGCCAAUAGCACUUAUCGUAAAUCAAAUGAAAAAUCUACAGUUCAUUUAUGUGAUUUGAUUGGUAUCGAUAUAGGACAACCUCACUCAUGGAUGAUCGGAAUCGGCAGCAUAAAACCCUGAUCGGAGCAUCCCCAGUCAAAGAGUACAGCGCACAACAUCAGUGAAUACUCGACUUGUACCAUAUUUCGUACAAUACAAAGACUACUGAUAUGUUUAAAAACGACCUAAUGUGGCUCGGUCGGUAUAGGUAGCUUAUUCUGUGUGUGAAUAUAUUUUUUAUAUGAACAUUUAUACAUAAUUUACUGUCAACACAACUGGAACGGUGACCCAAAACUGAGCUAAUGUAAAGUAUUUGAAUAGGGGCUUUGAUGUGAAACUGUCGUGGGUUGAGUCGAGGGAGUGGACGUGGGUAAUAAUAUAGCUCAAGUUCACAUCAUUGUACUUGUUUGUCUUGUAGGUUAUUAAAACAUGUUGCACAUUAA